AUGGAUGUCAUCACCCCGACACUUUCAGACAUCAGAGGAAGUACCUCGGAGCCCAGCUCUCUAGAGGUAACUCUCGGCAGGUUGGACAGAUAUAAAGACCAGAGCAGCAGCAUCUUUUCUGGGUUUGCGGGACUCCUCGCCGUCCUCCUGGUCAUCGCGGUUCUCUGUGUCCUGUGGAACUGGAAUAAACGGAAAAAGCGGCGAGGUCUUUACCUGCAAGUUACCAUCAUGCCCUUACGGACUCUGCCUCGACCCAGGCAACGAGCCAAAAAUAUUUAUGACUUCUUGCCCCGGAGGCAAGAAGAGCUGGGCAGACAUCAGUUGAGGAGUAUACGCAUUUUCAGUACCGAGAACCUCCUUCCCAGAAACUCUGACAGCCCUCCCUCAGCACAUAUGCCCUCCCCAGCAAGCAAUGCCCUCCAGGUGCACAGAGCCCAUACUCAUGCUGUGGGCUAUGCUGUGGGCAUCUAUGACAAUGCCAUGCGUCCCCAGAUGUGUGGGAACCUCACUGUCUCAGCACACCAUGUCAAUAUCAGAGCAGCUGGAGACUACACGAGCAUUUCUUCAGAGAAUUUGAGAGAUUAUGUUAAUGUCCCCACAACGGAAGAGUUUGCUGAGACUCUAGCUUCUAACAACACCCUCUCCAAGAAUCUCUUUGUCCUCUCAAGUGCCCAGGAGCUGAAAUUUACUAAGGGAAGAGACAAAGCCUGUGGGAAUGCCAGUGACUGCACCAGUUUUUGGUCUCCAGGAACCGAGAGCAAUGAUCCACUCAGUGAUGAGGAAGAUUCUUCUCAGACCUCAAAUGACUAUGUCAACAUGGCAGGGUUGGAUCUCGGGGCCAUCCAGAGGAAGCAUCCCUGGGUGUCUGUUCAGGGCUGCAGAGAUUAUGAAAAUGUCCCAUCAACAUAUUCCAAUGGAAGCCAGCAGCAGUCAGGACAAGUGAUAUCCUUAAACACAGACCAUGUAGAAGGCAGAACAGAUGGUCUAGGGACCCAUGUCCAACUAGUCAUGCAAUCAGGGAGGUCCUUGGAUUUAGGGGAUUAUGUAAUUUAUGAGCCAUCUUCUCAGAGUGAGAACAGUCAGAUGAAACAUGGGGAAGAGAUGUCAAAUAAGGACUCUAAUGACUAUGAGAAUAUGCUAGCUGCCAAGUUAGGAGGCAAGGACUCUGAGCAGAGGUCAGACACAUGGUUCCUUCCUGAUGAAUUAAGACCCAGCCACCCAGCUGGAAAGCUACAUGGAGUAAUCUAUCCUGCCAGAUCCAAAGCCACUACAGGUCUUCUAGUGAAGACCCAUGACCAUCCUCAUAUUUCAGUGGAUUCACUUGGUUAG